GGCCUGUAGCUGCAGAUGGUUCAUGUUCUUGUUUCCCCUCUUCACACCAGGUCUUUCCUGCACUUCCGGUUGUCUCUGUUAGGAAGGCCACCCCCUGGUGGUUAAAACCUGGGCUCCAAAGUGUUACCCUCACGGUGGGGCUAGACAUUAAUUUAAAUGGCGACCGAUCUGCCCGAAGCUGAUCCUGCACACCGUAAGGCGCUUCCACUCUUAAUGGGAGCUCCCCUGGACAAGUGGAGCGAGAAGGCUGAGGACGGCACCAUGCCAAUCCGCAGGGCUGUGAAUUCCUCUGCGCGGGAAACCCCUCCCAAAAGCAAGCCUGCCGAAGCAGAAGAGGCCAAGCCAGAUCCGGAUGUCAGUUCCGAGGAGUCUGCUUCCACCGUGGAGGAGCGAGGGAACGAGACCCCCCCAGCUACGUCGAGUGAGGCAGAACCACCAAAGGAGCCGGAGGCUGGAGAGGAGGCAGCGGAGAAGCCUGCCGAGGAAGCCCCAAAGGAGGAGAAGGACCCCGCGAGAGAGAAGGAGAAGAAGGUGAAGAAGACCAUCCCGCCCUGGGCCACCCUCUCAGCCAGCCAGCUCGCCAGAGCACAGAAGCAGACGCAGAUGGCCGCCUCCUCCCGCCCCAAGAUGGACGCCAUCCUCCUCGAGGCCAUGAAGGCGUGCUACCAGAAGGGCGGGGCCUCGGUGGUGGCCGUUCGGAAGUACAUCAUCCACAAGUAUCCUUCACUGGAGCUGGAGCGGAGAGGCUACCUCCUGAAGCAGGCCCUGAAGCGAGAGCUGGAGCGGGGACUCAUCCGGCAGGUGAAAGGCAAGGGGGCCUCUGGGAGCUUUGUGGUGACCCCAAACUCAGGGAAAACGGCUCCGAAAUCCAGAGACCGGAAGAGGAGCGCUUCAGCCUCCGGUCCAGAGCAGCAAGUGAAGCUGGAAGAUGUCCUCCCGCUGGCCUUCACCCGCCUCUGUGAGCCAAAGGAGGCUUCCUACAGCCUGAUUAAAAAAUACGUCUCUCAGUAUUUCCCCAAGCUGAAGGUGGACGUGAGGCCCCAGCUGCUGAAGAACGCCCUGCAGAGAGCGGUGGAGAAAGGCCAGCUGGAGCAGAUCACGGGCAAAGGGGCUUCUGGGACAUUCCAGCUGAAGAGAUCCGGGGAGAAGCCACUGCUGGGAGGGAGCCUGAUGGAGGACGCCAUCCUCUCGGCCAUCGCGGCCAUGAACGAGCCCAAGACCUGCUCCACCACUGCCCUCAAGAAGUACGUCCUGGAGAAGCACCCGGGGACCAACUCCAGCUUCCAGGUCCACCUGCUGAAGAAGACCCUGCAGAAGUGCGAGAAGAACGGCUGGAUGGAGCAGAUCUCCGGGAAGGGCUUCAGCGGCACUUUCCAGCUCUGCUUCCCUUACUAUCCCAGCCCUGGAGUCCUGUUCCCAGACAAGCAGAAAGAGGACAGUUCGGAAGAGGAAGAGGAGGAGUCUGAGGAGGAAGAGGAGGAGGAGUCCGAGGAGGAGGAGUCCGAGGAGGAAAAGCCGCCUCCAAAGAAGAGGAUGCAGAAGCGGCCCCCGCCCAAAGCUCGGAGCAGGGCCCCUCCUCCUCCCGUGAAGCGGCGAGAGGCCAAGCCCAAGCCACGCAAGGCCCCCGCGGCGCACCGUGGGAAAGCCAGGCCCCCGCCGCCACCGCCACCCGUGGCCAAGGCCCCUGCCAAGAAGGCCAAGGCAGCACCCCCCCGGGCUGCCGUCAAGAAAGCCCCCAGCAGCAGCACCAGCAGCCCCGCCCCCAAGAAGCCGGUGCUCAGCCCCAGGAAGGAAGUGAAGCCCCCCCCCAAGAAGAGCAAGCCCACCAUGCGCAAAUCCCUGAGGGCAAAGAAGUGAGCUCUCCUCCACCGGGCAGAGGGGCUGCCCCCCUGCCCUGCACACCUCCAAGUUGCUUUGUAUGGUCAAAACACAUUUGUAUCCUAGUUCAAUGCUUCCCUCUUCCUCUCUCUCCUUUCUCCUCCCUUCCUCCUUGAGCCGGGGAGAAAAGCAGGCUCAGCCUUCCCAUGAGCCCAGGACCUCCCCUCGCCCUCAGAACCAAUCACCGGGAAGUGACAUAGGAGCCCCCUUUUUCUGUACAGGCUGCAGCUGGACAUUGAAAGCUGCUUGCAAAGAAGAUUUCUAUAUUUCUAGGACAUGGAAGACACUCCCUGGGGUGACAGAAGCCACGGCCAGGGAGGCCCUCCCCCCCCCCCCGGUUUUGUUUAGGGACAGGUGUCCUCCGGAAAGGGGCUGCCCCCCAAGGAUCUGAUGCAGGGCCUGGGCCCCUGCGGGUGCUGCCCUUGUUACUUUAGUUAGCGCAUUUUGUUGUUGAGCUUAGUUGCCCUCCUGCCCCCCCCGGAAUCCCUGCCCCCUUAAAAGCCAAGCGUAUAUAUACACAAAGAAAAGGUCUUGAAGCCAGCUUUUGAAACUUUUUUUUAAAGAGAGAGAGGUGAGAAAUCUGAGUUUUUGUCCCUUGUUGCCCCCUUUUUUAAAGACAAAAAAGCAUAAGAAAUGUCAGAGAAUUAUCUGAUUGCUGACGUAGAGCCAUUGAGUAAGGAACUUGCUGUUUGCUAAAAUAAAAAUGAGAUUUCAA